AUGAACUCUCAGUCCUUUUAUUUCGAGACAGCAUUUACAAUUUAAAAAGAUCUUACUGAAGAAUAUAGCGAAGAUAAGAUUUUAAUUAAAUCUAACAUUAAAUAACUAUUAAAUUAAUUAAAGUCUGAUUAAGAUAAAAAACUUAACAUUCUUGGACUCUAUGGAUACACAGAAACAAUUAUUAAUUAUGUGACAACAAGAUACAAUGCUAAUCUUUAAUUAGAUGUUGAACUAUAGAAUCAUACAUUAGCUUGCAUUGGAAUGAUCAAUUUGGAUAGUUUAUUGGUAUUUUGUUAUAUAAUACCUGAAAAUAAAAAGGUUGAUUAAGUUGUGGAAUCAAUAGAGACUACUUUAUUUAGGUAUCAAUUAUAAUUUAAAUAGAAUUUUAAUUGAUUUAUGUUAAAAUAUUAUUAUCUUACCAACUGAUAAAAUCCUUCAGAAAUGGAUACCUAUUAAAGAUAGUUAACUUCUAAGGAAUAAAAUGUAGAAUUAUUAAUCAGAAGAGAUUGAUUCUAAUAGUUGUCGUUGUAUUGAAGUUUAGUAAAAAUUAGCCAUUAAAGAAAUCUAAAAUUAUAAUUAAUAUUAUAAGAAUUCAUUGAAUUCUAUAUUAUUUUAUAAUCUUAAAUAGGAAGAGUAUACUAAACUAGUUGAAUCUUAUUAUUAAGAUUAAGUGAAGAAUAUUAUGUUAUUUGGAAGAUUAAAUGAAGAAUUAGAAUUUCCUAAUCCAAUCUUAGAAAAAAAUUAUGUUUAAAAAAUAAACAAAGAUAUUAUUUUUUCUAUGACUCAUUAUUUUUCAUAUUUUAAAGAUAGUGUUGAGAAUGGUUUAUAUGAAUAAUUACAAUUGAAGUUUUCACCUUAAGAGUUCAAUUUUUUAAAAUUAGCUAAAUUCUUUUUAAAUCAUGCUUUUAGAAAAUUAAAUUCAUUUAAAGAUAAUACUGAAGUGUUAAAAGGACCAGAAUUAAUAAAAGAAGUCAAAACAUCUAAUUUUAUAUUGAAAUCAAAGGAAUUAUUAUCAAAAUUGAUAAGAAUUGUGAUUAAGUAUAUUAAUAGAGAAUUUUCAAAAAUGUAGGAUUUUGUGAAUAGAAAGAUUAAAUCAAUAAUGGAGAAAAUUGAGAUAGAAAAUGGAGUUGGUUAAGAAUUUAUUGUAGAAAUGAAACUUUAGAGAUUUAAGAUUUUUAGAAAUAUGGAUAAUACAUUUAAGAAAAUAGAAUUUUUAAAUAAAGAUUUAAAUAUUUCAAAGGAAAAGGAAACAAAAUUCUAAUAAUAAAAUUAUCAUAAUUAUUAAUUAGUUGAUUUCUUUCCAUUAUAUAAUAUUAAUGAAGGAAAGUAAAGUGAUUAUUUAUUAAUAAUGAAAUGUAUAAUGGUAGAAUCAAAGAAAAAUUGUUAUCAUGUAUAUCUAUUAUAAGAAAACAGGAAACCUGUAUUGAUUGUAAUUUAUACUGAUUUAAAUAAUCCUUAUUUUUAUUAUGCCUUAGAGUAAUAAACUUUAUAUUAAUUUAAUUUACCUAAAAGAAUAGUGAUAUCAACAUUAAAUAAAGAUAAAGAAUGUAUAGAUACAGAAAGAAUAAUAGAAUUGGAAGAGACAAUCUAUAUAAUUUAAUAUAGUUAUUCUGAGGAAUAUGAAUGUUUUUUAUUAUUAUCAGAUGAUAAGAAAGUAUAUAAAUGGUCAUCAAAUGAUUAAGAGUUUAAUUAAUAAUUAUAAAGUUAUUAAGAUGAAGAAGGAUUUGUAUAUGAAAAAGAAUUUGAUUCUGAUUAUUAUAAUUUAAUAGUAUGUGGAUCAGGCAAGUUUUAUUUAUUAUUUAAAAUUUAAUCAGUAGAUAUAUAUGAUUUUAACAAUACAAAAAUAUCAUCAAUAUAAUUUAGAUCAAUAUAUUAAAUAGAUUAAAUAUAUAUAUUUAGUGAUUAAUAUGAUAGUUUUAUAUUUUUGGCUAAAAAUUAAGUUGAAUAAGAAUUAUAUUAAUUAGAAAACUUUAAUAAAAAGAGUAGAUUAACAGGUAAUUAAAAUUAUCAAAUAUAAUCAUCAAAUUAUAUUUUGGAUUUGAUAAAAUCAUCUUUUGUAGUAUAUGGCAAAAAUUCAAGUAUAUUAGAUGUUGUAUAAAAUUAAAGUAACUUUUAUUGUUCAUAAAAAUGUGGAGAUAUAAUUCAAGAUUGUUUUUAUAAAAUUUAAUUAUAGAAAUAUUCAACAUUAUAUAUAUAAGAAGUGUUUGAAAUACAAAGUGUGAAUUCAAAAGCAUUAUUUAAUGUAUUAUCAUCAAGAGUUCCAAUAUAAUUAUGUACAUUUGAAUGUAAGAGAUUAAUUGUAUUAAGUGAUGGAUUGAAUAAAUUAAAUUAAAGUUUUGAUUGUAUUUAAAUAGAUAAAUAAUUGAAAUAGAUAUCUUUUGGAAUGAUAGAAGAAUUGUUAAUUGAUUAUAAUAAACCUAUAUAUGUAGUGAGUAUAUUAGGUAAAUAAUCAGGUGGUAAGAGUUAUUUACUUAAUUAAAUAUUUGGUAUUAGAUUUGGAGUAUCAUCAGCAAGAUGUACAGAUGGAAUUUGGUGUAGUUAAAUAUAAUUAUAAGGACAUUAAUUUAUAAUUUUAGAUUGUGAAGGAUUAUUUGGAUAAAGGAGAAAUAAUAUAGAAGAAAUUACUUUAUUAUCAUUUUUAACAGCAAUUAGUGAUUUGACAAUAUUUAAUUAAUGUUCUUCUUAUGAUAGACAUUUGAAUGAAUUAUUUGAUAAUUUAAUUGAAGCUAAUACUAGAUUGAAAGGUAAUUAAUUAUUCAAAAGUAAAUUAAUGAUAUUAGUAAGAGACAUUUAUUAAGCUAGUUCAUAGAAUGCUUAAUUAGAAUUAGAUGGAUAAAUGGAUUCAAUUAUAAAUUCAUCUAAUAAUGAAUUACUUAAAUAAUUAUUGAAAAAUGGUGUAAGUGCUUAAUUAAUGAGUUAUUUUGAAUUAGAAUAAUUUGAUAGAGAUGUAAAUUAGAUUAGAGAAUAAAUUUUAGAGAAUGCAAAAAAUAAUAUGAGAUGGUAAGAUGCUUAAUCAUUAUUUACAUCAAUGAAGAUUACAUUAUUAUAAUUAUCAGUAAAAGAUACAAGAAAUGUUUAAGAUUAUGAAUUAAAUUAUUAAAUACAUAAAUUGAAAGAAUAAUCAAAUAUUUAUUGGUUAGAAUUACCUUAAUGGAUAAUAAAGAAAGAAGAUCCUAAUAAUAUAUCAUAAUAGAUAAUAUUAACAUAAAUAAUUGAAGAUAAUUUUAGUUUAUUAUUAUAAUAAGCAUUAAAUAUAUUAAGAAUAAAUUUUGAAUAAGAAUCUUGUUUUAUGUAAAAGUUUACAAAAGUAGAUAAAUUGAUUUAAUAAUUUACAAAUAAAAGAAUUAAUUAUAUAAUAAAUAUUAUAUAAAAGGAAAUAGAAUAAAAAUUAGUAUAAAUUUAUGAUUUAGAUAGAGAUAUGAAAUAGAAUAUUUUAUUAGAUUGUGAAAAUGAAUUAAAAUAACAUUUACAUAAUUAUAAAUUAUGUGGUUAAACUUGUAGUAAAUGUUAUGCAUUAUGUACAUAAUAUAAUGGACAUUUAAGUAAAAAUGGAACUAAAAUUGAAAAAGUAAGAGCAAUUAUUUAAAAAAAGAAAUCUAAAAUUUAAAUGAUUUAAAAAUAAUUAGAUUUAGAAGAUGGAGCAGAUUUAGAAUAAUUUUAAAUAUAAGAAAAAUUAAAUUUAUAAGAAUUAUAAGUAAAUCUAUCAAAAAUAAAAGGAGAUCGUACUAUGGUAUAAAGAGUAACAGCUUUAAAAGAUAUAUAAUAAAAGAUAUAUAUUGUAGAAGGAAGAAUAAAGAAAUUAAAUAAUAUGAUAGAAUUAUAAGAAAGUUUGAAUAAAGAAUAAGAAUAAAUAUAAUAAUUUAAUAAAUAACAUAUUUGUUGGAGUGAUACUCAUUUAUGUGAAUAAGAAAAUUGUGAAUUAUUAUAAUCACAUUUUGGUGAUCAUUUUACAAAAAGUUUAAAUAAUGAUUAAUGUGAUAAAGAAUGUUUAUUAUGUUAAAAUUAAUGUAUAUUAAAUAAUGGACAUUAAAAUAAUUCAUUACAUUAUUGUUAAAGUAAACAUGUAUGUUAAGAAACAUGUUAAUAUUGUGCUGAAUAAUGUACAUAAGAUCCAUUUAUUGAACAUAAACAUAUAUGUAAUUUAAGAUAUUGUAAUAAAUCAUGUUCUUUGGGUUGUUAAAGAUAAUGUUCAGAAUAACAUUCACAUGAAUUAGAAAAUGAACAUUUUUGUAAUUGUCAUCAUUAAUGUGAUAAAUUAUGUAAUUUACCAGGAAUAUGUACAGUAGAUGGAUAUGUUAAGAGAAUAAAGAUGUGGAAAUCAAAUGCAGGUUCAUUAUAUGGAUAAACUACAUAUGAAUAAGUAAGAAGAAAAGAAAAAUGUUUUAAAUUAAUUCCAAUUGGAGAAAAUAGUCAUGAUUUAGGACAUGCUUGUUCAAAUAGAAAACAUUUAUGUGAUUAAUAAUGUCCUGGAUGUAAAGCUUAUUGUUAUUUAGAAUCUGGUCAUACAAAUCUUCAUCAUACUAUAUAUCAUAAUGUUAUUGAACCUUAAUAAUCAUGUUUUAAAUUAGAUGAUAAAGAUAAUGAUAUCUAAUAUUGUAGACCAGAAACAUGUGAUGAAUAUUGUAUUAGAUUAGGUAGAGGACAUAGUCAUAUAAUAGAAUGUGUUGAUGAAUUUCUUUGUUAUCAAUAACAACUAAAUAAGAGUUCUAAAUAUUAUAAAGCAGUCCAUAUUUCAAAUAAUCUAGAUAAUGUACUCUGUAAAUAAUUUUGGGAAGUUCUUGGUUGGGAAUAACCAGUUAGAGGUAAUAAAAGAAUUGAAAUUUCAAAAUGCAAUGCAAAAUGUUAAACAUGUAAUAAAUUUUGUAAUUAUAUGGCAUGGCAUGAUAAAGGUAUUAAUUCUAUGAAUCAUAAAUUUGAAUGCUAUAAUACUCAUUAAAUUAAAUCAAUUAAUAUUGUUUUCAUAAUUGAUUAAACAGAUGAAUAGAAUAUCUAAAUUGCACUCAAAUUAUUAUCAAUAUGUAAUAAUAACAAAGUAUAAUUUAAAUCAGCUAAAACUAAAUUUGCAAUCAUAUUAUAUCAUGAUCAUCAUCCUCAUAAAGAAAUCUCUUCUCCAACAUUUAUUUUAAGUGAUUUUACAGAUUCUGAUACAUUACUAUCAAAACUUAAAGAUGUCAAACCAAAAAAAAUAACAGCCAUAUCAGAUUAUCCUAAUGCUGUUUUAGAUGGAUUACAUGAAUAAUAAUAAUUGUCUUGGUCAACUAAAAAUUCAUAAAAAAUUGUUAUUCUAUUAACAUAAGCUCCUCCUCAUGGACAUUCAAAAUAUCAUAGUUUUGAUGAUAAUUAUCCCAAAGGUUGUCCUUGUAAAUUAAAAGAAAUGGAAAUACUUAAAAAUUAUAGAAUGAAAUAAAUUCAUUUAAUUAUUCCUGAACUUAGUAGUCAUCUAAAUUUAAUGAUUAAAAUAUUUUAGAACUAUUUACCUAGUUUACAUUCCAUUAAUCCAAAUAAAAAUAUGGCAGAAACUAUUAUCAAAUAUUUAUUCAAAUAUCUUCAAAUACCUUAUUCAAAUAAAGUCUGA